AGAGAGAAGGAUGCCGGGGCUAAGUUGUAGGUUCUACCAGCACAAAUUCCCGGAGGUGGAGGACGUCGUAAUGGUGAAUGUGCGGUCCAUCGCCGAAAUGGGUGCCUACGUCAGCCUGCUGGAAUACAAUAACAUCGAAGGCAUGAUUCUGCUGAGCGAACUGUCACGCAGACGCAUCCGCUCCAUCAACAAACUCAUCCGCAUCGGUCGCAAUGAAUGCGUCGUCGUCAUUCGAGUGGACAAAGAGAAGGGUUACAUCGAUUUAUCAAAGAGGAGAGUUUCACCUGAGGAGGCUAUUAAGUGUGAAGACAAGUUUACCAAAUCCAAAACCGUAUACAGUAUCCUGCGACAUGUGGCUGAGGUGUUGGAAUACAGCAAGGAUGAACAGCUGGAGAGCCUGUUCCAGCGCACUGCAUGGGUUUUUGAUGAGAAGUACAAGCGACCUGGAUACGGCGCCUAUGAUGUCUUCAAACAGGCCGUGUCGGACCCGUCCAUUCUGGAUGGGCUGGAUCUAACGGAGGAGGAGAGGAGUGUCCUCAUCGACAACAUCAACAGACGGCUCACCCCGCAGGCUGUCAAAAUCCGAGCAGACAUUGAAGUGGCCUGCUAUGGCUACGAGGGCAUCGAUGCCGUGAAGGAGGCCUUGAGAGCAGGACUCGGCUGCUCCACUGAGGCUAUGCCUAUCAAGAUCAACCUGAUCGCUCCGCCACGCUACGUGAUGACCACCACCACCCUCGAGCGCACUGAAGGCCUGUCCGUCCUCAACCAGGCCAUGGCCGCCAUCAAGGAGAAAAUCGAGGAGAAGAGGGGCGUCUUCAACAUCCAGAUGGAGCCGAAGGUGGUGACUGACACAGAUGAGACAGAGCUGGCGCGGCAGCUGGAGAGGCUCGAGAGGGAGAAUGCUGAGGUGGACGGCGACGACGACGCCGAGGAGAUGGAGGCCAAGACCGAGGACUAACGAUGGGCGGAACAAACGGACGGACGGACGGAGAGACGGACAGACCUGGCCACACCCAAGCAUUCGGACAGAUACAAAAAAAAAAAUUCUAGGUGUCACAUUACAUACAACUGCACCUCUAAGACUGAACUAAAAAAAAGAAAAAUCUUCCGUUCUAGCACAAGAGUGAGAGAGGGUGGGAGGGAGGUAGGGAGGGAGGGGGGAAGCUUUCUGAAUAGGGGGGGACAGAGAUGGCCACAUCAACACAGUCCGCAGGAACCAGUAGGCAGAAAUGAGCGACAGCAGUUUGCAACAGGGAAAACGCAGAGUGUUCAGCCUGCCCUCUGAAUAUGCUCCAAAGAAAGAUGCAUAAUAAGAACAAGGACUUCAGCUGAAUGGAUUUGGAAGAAGCCUAGGUUUUAAUCCAAAUAAACUGUGUGAGGAUAAGUGGUGAUUACAUAGUAUUUUGAGGAUGUUGCAAAUAUAUCAAAGCAGUUGCAUAAAAAAAAAUACUUUUUAACAAGCUAGUAUUUUAAUGUCUCAUGAGCAGUGGCCUUUUCUUUCUCCCAGCCCCAGAUGAGAACCAGUGUCUUUCUCAGAGACCUGCAUCCGACGCUCUGCUGGUCGAGGGACAUGGGGGGGAGGGACGAGCUUAAGCGUUUGUACACCUGAAACCUUGUUUGGGUCUUUCCCCACAGCAUCCUUUCUGUUCAGUUUUGUGGCAUCAGGGCGGAGUUCUGACUGAGCUCACCGGUAACCAAUAAAGCGCUGGAGGUUUUGAAUAUU